AUUCGUAAUGUUUACUUCCGCCCGGCCUAGUGUGGUGGUGAAAUGUGUGCACGUGUGAUGGGGUGCUCUGCGUUCUUCGCAGAGGCUACCUUAACUGGUGUUUGAGGUGGACUUUAGAGGAGGAUGAGGGGACCGGCGAUGCGGCUUCCCCCGCGGAUCGCGCUGUCAGCGUUGGCCCGCGGCCCAUCUUGCAUUCUAGGGUCCGGAGCGGCGACGCGGAAGGACUGGCAAACGAGGAACCGCCGCGGCUUCUCUGACUUCAAUAUAGAGCCGUUGCCUGAUUCUGAUUUGGAGGAGUCGUCCCCGUGGACAUCCAGGAAUCGAUCGGAGCCUACGCGUCACAUAGCAUGUAAGAAAGCGGCCAGGAACCUGGUACGGGACCUGCUGGAGCACCAAAACCCAUCCCGUCAAAUUAUACUAGAGUGCAAUCCAGGUCCUGGAAUCCUGACUGGGGCAUUACUUAAAGCUGGUGCCAGAGUGGUUGCCUUUGAAAGUGAAAAGACUUUUAUUCCACAUUUGGAGGUUUCUCUGUGUGCCCUGGCUGCCCUGGAACUUGCUCUGUUAGACCAGGCCAGCCUCAUCCACCUGCUCCUGUCUGCUGAGUGCUGAGAUUAAAGGUGUGCACCAUCAUGCCUGGCUUGGUUUGGUUCUUAAUGUGCUGAUGGUUGGAUCACAGAGCCUUGUACAGCUACACGAGUCCUGAACUACUGAGCUCCCCGGCCACUGCAAGCCCUUACAGAGGAACAUGGAUGGAGAGCUACAGGUGGUUCACUGUGACUUCUUUAAAAUGGAUCCUAGAUAUCAGGAAGUAGUAAGACCAGAUGUGAGUUCACAGGCAAUAUUUCAGAACCUGGGAAUAAAAGCAGUUCCUUGGUCAGCAGGUGUUCCUAUAAAAGUAUUUGGAAUCCUACCAUAUAAACAUGAAAGACGAAUACUUUGGAAAAUUCUGUUCGAUCUGUACUCCUGCGAAUCUAUAUACAGAUAUGGACGAGUAGAACUGAAUAUGUUUGUUAGUGAAAAAGAAUUCCGGAAACUGAUAGCGACUCCUAAAAGACCGGAUUUAUAUCAAGUAAUGGCUGUUCUUUGGCAAGUGGCCUGUGACGUUAAGUUCCUGCACAUGGAACCUUGGUCGUCAUUUAGUGUGCAUACGGAAAAUGGGCACUUAGAAAAGUCAAAGCACGGGGAAUCAGUAAAUUUACUGAAACAAAACCUAUAUCUUGUUCGAAUGACUCCUCGUAGGACUUUAUUUACAGAAAACCUAAGUCCUUUGAACUAUGAUAUAUUUUUCCACUUGGUAAAGCAUUGCUUUGGGAAACGCAAUGCCCCAAUAAUACGCCAUUUACGUUCACUGAGUACGGUUGAUCCUAUUAAUAUCCUGAGGCAGAUAAGAAAAAACCCUGGAGACACAGCUGCUAGAAUGUAUCCUCACGACUUCAAAAAACUUUUUGAAACCAUAGAGCAAUCGGAAGACUCCGUCUUUAAGUGGAUCUAUGACUACUGCCCGGAGGACAUGGAGUUCUAGGAAGAGUCUGCAAGCCGAGAGUGAGCUGGAGCUGUUUGUCCAUUAUUUUGAAAUCAUGUGACAAAUGAACACUGAAUUUCAAGAAGUUCAUAUCCUUUUAACAGAAGAGAAACUACCCUUGUUUGGCACAAAUGAAGCAAAUAAUUUCUUCUCAAGUUGAUACCUUUGAUACACAGAAAACACAGUGGCUGCAGUAUUAUUCAAAGUUAAAUAAAACGAAAACCUGUCAGUUUGAUCAGAUCAAAUCUACUUUGUUUUAAAGUACUCUCUGCCGUAGAUCAAUGGUAGAACACAUACCUAGUAUGUCCAAGGUUUUGGUUUUGCUCCCUUGUAGACGCCCGACUCGCCAGCAAGAAUGACGCCACAACAGGAUUCUUUUGCACACGUUUAUUGGGAGAGCUUGAUAGCGAAAGCGAAAGACCCCGAGCCCAAAAAACCAGUGCUGCUUAUAUAGGCCUAGGAUAGGUGUGUCUACACCUGAUUGGUUAUGCUUUCAGUACCUCAUUUACAUGCCUUGGGCCAGGCAGUGACUCUGCAAAAAAAAAAAAAACUCUACUGCACAUGCGCACAUUGGUUGUUUACCCAUAUUCAUGGGCGUCAGCUUAUUGAAACCAGUACCAUCUUGUAAUGGCGUUUAUUGGCUUCCCAUACUCCCUAGCACAGGAAAUUUUUAAAAAAUUUCUAUUUACUGUAAAGGCCCAUAGGUAUGGAGUAUUUUCAAUUGUAAUUUAAUUUACUUUAAAAAAACAAAAAACCUUUGGGCCAAACCUCUUUAAAUAUGCACUUUUCACCAUUGCCAAUUGCUUGCAUCUCCCUCAGUUUCUAUACUGUUACGCUUAGAAAAUAAAUUGAUUUGGGCAGACAUGGUGGCAUAAGUCCCAGGCCUUGUGAGGUGGAGGGCCCAUCAGUUUAAUGCCACUUUCAACUGUAGAAUUGAGUUUGAGACCAGUUUAGGCUAAGAAAAGACCCUGUCAAGCAAAACAACGGUAUAAACUUAGAAAGUGAUCAGUUUAUCUUUUAUUAUGUUGAAGUGGAUUAUCAGGCACUAUGCAAUCCAGUUGUUUAAAUUUUAAAUUGUAGUAUGUUUUAAAACUUUUUGAGAAAUAAAAGAAUUUGUAUAUAG